AUGAGGGAUAUUACAAUGAUAGUCCACAACAAACGGCGAAUGAAUUUUCAAACGGACUGUGCAGAUUUGGUGAAGAUGGUGUCCAGACCCAGAGAGUGGCUGGCGUUUGAGAUUCUACUUGAUGAGGUUGAGAAGUGCAAAAGGAAGUUCCAGGCGUUCUCCUUAACCCACAUCCCAAGGACAAAGAACACAAAGGUGGACAAGCUAGCACAGAGUGCUCGAGAUCAGCCUUACGGUGUGUAUUAUAUAAACUCAGUUCCACCGGUCUUGCUCCCCGAACCGUUUUAG